AAGAGCAACAAACAAAAGAGUGCUGAUUAAUGGUCACUUAACAUGUGUGAUUGCAGAUUGCAUACAAGAUUUAUUGUUAAGGUGAAUUUUUAAGGUUACUGAAAUUGGUAGAAAGUUAUGGUGCAAUGUCUCUACCCGUAGUGCAAGUUGCUGAGGACGAUGAAGGGCCUGAAGAAGGUGAAAUUGAAGAUGACGAAGAUGACAUAAUUUUGGUAGAAGGUAGUAGUCCUCAACACAGCAGUACAACGAGCGCAAGUCUCGAUGUUUAUCCCGCCCCUAGCAGAAAAGAAAGUUAUGAGCGAGACAUAAGAAAUUUCGAGCUCCGUAGAGCUCGCACAACGAGAUUAAGAAGACCGUCCGGCGGAUCCAAAAGUCCGUAUAUUAUAAGCCCCUCCCUCCAUGGAACUGAUAGUUAUACUCGCACUAAAACUAAACAAUGUAGAUCAGGAUUGACCCAAGGCAAAGAAAACCGCCAUGUUCGCCACAAGUCUCCAGUUCAUCGAAAAGGAAGUCAUGACAGGACCCUUGCAGACUUCAAGGACAAGUCUCCCACUCGAGAUUCUAGCUGUAGUAGUAUUGACAGUGAAGAGCGAUCUUCAGAUAGAAAUUCUCAUCACAGGCCGCUUCGGAGACAUAGGCAUGAUAGAGCGAAGAGGCGAGCCAGCUCUAGUCCAGAGUCUUCUUACAUUCCUGCAAAACGUCGGUCACGCCAAUCCCAUCAUUCAACCAAAUGUCCUUUGAUCAAAGUCCUACAUUCUGUUGCCAAAGAAACAAGGCUAAUAGCCUUGGAAUCAUCUGAAAAUCAUUCAGAAUCUAGUAGUUUGAGGCAAAGACUUUUUAAUAUGGGAGCUAUGCCAGCUCUACAUGAUGAAAUGCCCUCAAAGAAUGAAAGUGUUCAAAGUUCUGGUGAUGUGGGUAAUGAAAGUAGAAGUAGUUCUGUCAAUUCAUCAAAACCUGAAGAUUCAUGUAAGCAGUUGCUUAGUGAAAGUACUCAAACUGAUGAAAUAAUUGAAGAAAUAACUCCUGUCAUAAAACCAGAUCCUGAAGUAGUAACACUGACAGAUAGUGAAGAUGGAGCCAUCAGUGCACGGGCUCAUACACCCCUAGAUACAACGGUGCCAGGUUGCGAGCGUCCGACCGAGAAAUCAAAUGCUGCUUUCGACAUAAAUCCUGAUAGUUUGUUACGCAAUAACUCUGAUGACAAUGAUGAUGAUAUUGGACACCUUCGUCUUCUAGCUCUUCAAUCUAAGAAACAGGAACAACAGGAACCAACUCCCCCUCCUGAUGAUGGGGAUGUAUUAGAGUUACGGUUAGCUGCCUUAAAAACUGCCUUUAUGAAGAAAUUCAAAACUCGUAAAAAACUACCAGUUACUAGUAGAACAAGUAAGGAAGAUCCCCUUUUUCCGCUUGAGGACAUUCCUUUGCCCUUUUCACCAGCUUCGCCAGAUGAAGUUAUUACUCCAGUAGACAUGGAACUUGCUGAAACUGAUGAUGAGGAUGAGACCUCUCUACAUUCCAUGUCCCACUAUUCCCCCUCUGAUCCUAUUCCAGAUUGCUAUUCUCCUUCUGAUGAUCCAUACCCUGACUGCUAUUCACCGUCUGAUCCAACGGGAUCCCCUAUCCUUGAGCGAUCUCUGCAAGAACUUCUUCCCCCUCCUCCUCCUCCAGACUUUGACCUCUAUUUUCCUGACCCAACUUAUGAGACUCCUUUGCAAGGCAUCAGUAUUGAUAACAAUUAUGCUGGGUGUUAUAUGGACCAUAUUCCUAGUACUGAGAUGUCGGCUCCUCCAUUGCCAGCUUAUUUCAGAGAACUUUUGUCAGGUAUGUCUGAAGACUCAUCCACCUUACUACCUCCUCAUUCAACGCAAUUGGAUCAACCAGGAAAUGUUUGUCUUGUAGAUCCUUUCUACCAACCUCAUACGCUUGACCAAUCUGAAGGUAGCCCAACUGAUAUGCAGAAAGAUAUGCCAAUUUUAGUUUGUGAGGAAGUUUCCCCAUUAUUAUUGCACUCUGAUCCAGUGGUGAAACAUUUAGAGGCAGAGGCACCAUUAGUACAAGAAAGUAGCUCUCAAGCUGAAAAUCUCACUGCUGAGUUACUUGUGGCUAAUGAGGAGGAAAAGUUUGAGUCCCAAUCAAACUGCUCUGGUAAUACUGAACUGAAAGAAAUUGUUCCAGUUCUUGAGGAAAAGGAGGAAAGAGUGUUGAAUGAUCUUCCAGCAUCGAGUUGUGAUAAGCAAUCCAAACCUGAAAAACAAUUGAAGACAGUGGAAAGCUAUGAAGAAAAUUCCCAAACUGUACCAUCAUACGCUGAACAAAGCAAAGAAACUCCUUUAGAAGAAGAGGAAAAAAUGCUUCGACAACGGUUGCUUUUUAAUUUGGCCAACAAGAGAGCCAAAAUGAUGGAAGCUAAGCAGGCUAAAACUGUGGAAGCUCCACCAAGUAAGAAGAAUGUGCUACCAGAUGCUGUUCCAAAUAGGAGUAAUUUAAUUCUACUUCACCCUAGAAAGAAUGUUAACCCAGAUAAAUCUGUUAAGAAACCAGCUAACUCUGCAUCAGAACCAUGUCGGCCACUACUGGUCGAAGCUGCUCAAAAGAAACCUCUCUCAUUGGUAGAACAAUCUAAACCAAAAUCUAAUCUUAAUUUGUUAGACCCAUCAAAACUAAAAUCUACUCCAAAAUUGGUAGAACCAUUGAAACCAAAAUCUACUCAAAAAUUAGUAGUACCAAUUAAAUCAAAACCUAGUCAGAAAUUGAUAGAACCAACUAAAUUAAAACCAUCCCAUCUUCUGCCAGAACAAUCUAAGGCAAAACCUCACCACACUGGGAUUUCAUCUCAAAUGUCGGAGGAAAAAAGAUUCAUUAUUCAUUUGGGUGAAGAUUCUGAUAGCAAUGAAGACUAUUCUGAGGCUGAAGCUUUAGGACGAAAGUGUGCCAAAAACAAAGAAAAGUGGAUUUUGCAUCUGAAAGAAUUGGAAGUCAACCCUAGCAUUAAGGGCCUGCCCAUCUCUGGGGCUAAGGUGCCUCUGAAAAGUAAUCUAAAUACAAAACAAGCCGUGAAGGAGAGAAAUCCCAAGAAGCCUUUUGCAGAAAAUUUGGCAGAUCUAGAAAAUAGUGUAGAGCGGUUUUUAAAGGGCGUCCGCAAUUCACAUGAAUCCAGAGCUGGUAAUUUAUCAUCAACCUCUACUAGUACUCCUGUGGCCGUGAAGCACUUGCCAGUGUCACAGCAAGAGGAAUAUCGGCGCCUCAAGCAACAAAUUGCUCAGUUGGAAAAGCAGCGUGAAAUCUCCACAAGGCAGCAAAAGCAGACCUUAGUGAGUGUCUCCAAAGGCACUCAAGUUAAAGUAGCCUCCAGCCUUAAUAGUUCUAAACAAGCCACUGUUACUCCAAAAGUCACAGCUUUGCCUUCCUCUAAAUCAUCAAAUGUCCCGUUAGCUGCUUCUAGUGCUAAAACAGAUUUGUUAAAGAGUGACACUCAUGUUAAGGCAAAGAUUUCUAAAGUACCCAUCAUCAGUACCUCGACUGUAACUCAAAAGCAAGCAGUAACUGCCCCUGCCCCCCUGACAUCCAAAAUUGUCAAAUUAAAUAAUAUUAAUAACUUGGCUCAAAAAAGCAGUACAGCUUCAGUAAAUGGAUUGAGCUCAAAAGGUGCCAUUGAUACCAAUGCUAAAAGUGAUAUCAAAGGAUGUUUGCCACCCUCUCAGUUAAAACCUAAUAACUUUGUGGCUGCUGAAGUACCCAGAAACAAAGAAGGCCUUUUUAGUCUUCAGUCAACUCUAGUAACAGAAAGGUCACAUGUGUUAAAGGAACUAUCCUCUCUAGCAAAACUGCUUGCUCAAGUAGAUAAAUCUUUGGAAGCUCAAUCCCACACUGCAACAGAAGUUUCCAGUCUUAUUGAUCAGCUGUGCUUAGCAGCGGGGCGCUGGAAAGCCCAGAACUGCACUGUUGCCUCUUUAGUGCAAAAAGUAGCUCAACGUCAGAGAGUGUUGUCUACAAGGCAUCGUUCUUGUGUUGAAGCAUCCAAGACCUGUGCUCAACUGGGAAACCAGCUGUAUGGAGAUAGUUACAGGAUUCCCUUGGACAAAGCUGACUCCAUGCGUCUUCAGCUUAAGCAAGUUCAUGAAAAAACUCAAGAACUUGCAACAAGAAGAACAACAGAGCAGGCUAAAAAGCACACAUUAGAAAAGCGGGCUGAGAGUUGCCUCAUCAAACUUUUCUCAGACUCACAAAAUUCAUUGGUGGAUAAAGGUGUUGUAAAAACUAGUGGACCUUCAUCUGUGCCUUCAUCUCCUACAAAAAUCUGCAAACAGGGAAAAUUAAAUGCUCCAACUCAGUCAAUUUUAGUGUUAUCCAGCAAAAACAAAAUUGAGUCUAGUAAAACUGAAGGAACAUCAAUGGUUUCAAAGUCAGAAACUCCACCUGCCGUUUCAAGUGAGAUCAGUCCCACAACAACAAAUUCUUUGCCUCAACUCAAUUCUGCAAUUACGUCAAGAGCUGUGAGUUGUCGUCUGGCUCUUAAUAAAGUUAGAUCUGCAAAAUCAGUGCUGAAUUGUGCUGGGAAGAAACGUCUUUUAGAGAAAAAAGGAAAGAAAUCAUUGAAACAGCUUGGUUUCAGCUCAAGAGUAGCAAAUCAAGACUUGCAAUUUAAAGGCGAUUCUGACAUGGACAUUUCAACUGACGGUGAAGAGCCUGGAAAAAAGAGCAAAGAAAUAUGUGGUAAUACAGAUGUAAUUGACAUGUCAGUGAGUCCUGACACUAGCCUGAGCCCUCCAGUUACUGAAAGGGAAUCUUCAGAACCUUAUUCAUUUCAUGAAAUUGAUUCAGACAUGAAAGUUGUGACAGCACUUGAUGAAACUAAAACUACCAGUGGAGAAUCCUUAUCUGACAAACACAUUAUUCCUCAAGUCAUGGCAAAACAUGUACCACAAAAUCAAAUAAUAUCCAGUGCACAGACAGCUUCCAAAAAUGUCCUGAAGAACUAUAUAUCUCCUUUGGGUGGUCUAAGUGUUUUCAGCGGCACUAAAAAAGAAACAACAAAAGAGGGAGACUUAUAUGCCAUUCUUUGUCCCUAUGAUCUCAAUGGAAAAUGUCAGGACUUGGAGUGCCUGUACAAGCAUCAGCAUCAAUGAGAAAAAAAAAGUGAUUUCAUAUGUAGUUGUAAGUGGUUCAAAGAAAAAGGAAAGGUAAAAAAUCGUUGGGUUGGGCAUGUAUUUUGCUUGUCAUGUGGUAUAUUAUUUAUUCAACUUUCUUGUGAAGUGUCUAGUCCGACUACUUUCUCAGGAAAAUUACAGUUAUACCUCCUUGAGUUGAGGUCCCUCUUAUUUUUUUAUACUAGUUUGUUAUUAUUUGUUAAAAUAUAAUGAAUUGCUCUCGUAUAGUGUUACCCUAGUGCUGCCGAAAGUGCCAAAAUUGGUAUUCCUGCAUAGCCAUGUUUAAGUUUGGCUGUGAUUCUCUGUGAGAGUACCUGAUGGUUUUCUAUGUUAAGUUUUUCCUUCAUUAAUUUUUUUCAUGAUUUUUGAUCAGCAUUUUGAUCUGUAUUUGGUACCUUAAUUUGUAACUUCUUCAUUUGACCAAAAUAAAAAAGACAAAUGAAUUAGGCUUAGGUAUACAGGGCAUGAGUCCCUUUGUUCUUGUUAUAUCAUUUAGCAUCUAUACAAAGAAGAAAGGAAUAUUUUUGUUACCUUGUAGUGUACUUAGAGCUAGAAUGCUUAAUAUUUGUUCUUCCUCUAGUCAGGGUCCUGAUCUCCACGUGCAGGAACCGACUCCUGCUGUCAGUGCCUUCUACAAGCAAUACGCUAAGAUUUAUUUCAAAAAUUUGAAUACCUAUGUUAUCUCAAAAUUGUUAGGAUUUUUAAAUACCUAUGUUUCUUUGCUAAUUCUACUGCACAUUGGUGGUCAAAUUGUGUUGAUUUUAUUUUCUUAAUCCAUUGGUAAUAUACAAUGGAGGUUUUUACUUGCCAGAGUUUUUGGGGUAUCAAAAAAUUAUCCAUAAUGUCAUUCUAAUAUUUUAUUAUUAUUAUUAGACCACCCAUAAUGUUGUUUAUAAUGACCAUUUCAUGUGAUACAUGUUAUUAUUUUCUUUCAAAGCAAUUCAUGCAAUGCUUUCCAAUAGUCACAAUUUUGCCCAUAGAGUUUCUCAGUUUUUUCUUCCUCUUCUCAACAUUUUCUUUUAAGCUGACAGCAACAGAAGGGACGCUGUGCAUCACUCUCAUGGAUCUUUCGUGUACAUGUGGUGAGUAAUAUUAAUAUUUGACCAUAUGUUUGACCUUAUUGGCUCAUUGAUAUUUAUUAGAAUAAUGCUUUCUUCUUUUUUUGUGGCAGUGGUGCUGAAACAGGUUAAUCAAUGGUCUUUUUGUUGAGUUGCUAGGGUUUCUUGCAAUUUUGUGUUUAUUAAAAUUCUCUCCAGCAGGGGUGGAAUAAUACCUGCAGAUCCCACAGACUUUUAAAACUAGGAUUGUAUAUUUUUCUUCUCUAACAAAUGUGUUACCUAUACCCUCUAUGUUACAGUUCAUCAUAGACCAUACGUUCCAGGGAAGAUCAUCAAAGGAUUCUGCUAGGUAAGCUGCAUUUUGUUUUAUCUUCUUGUACCCCUUUCCUUCAAUACUAAUUUUCCUUUCCUGCAAAGUCCUUUUAUUUUCUAUCUAUCUUGCUUUGCUUAGCAUCUAGAUCAGUUGAUUCAUUGAAGUAAUUGAGUUCUUUGAAUUCAAGAAGCAAAUUAAGUCUUAGGAUUACCGCUCUUAAGAUCUUAAGCCCGAUAACUCCCUUUAUACAUGGAUGUAAUUUUUAACAUCUAAGUACAGCAUAAGCAUGGUGUAUUGGCAUCUUAAAUCAAAAACUGGUUGGGUUCUGCUGACAGCAUUAAAGUGCCCUUACGCCGUUGGUUCUGGUGCAGCUACUCAUUGCUAAUUUAGUCUUUAGAGUUUUUUUUCUCUUCCCAUUACAAUUUACUUUCUGUGAUACUAUUGUACCUUAUCCAUAAACUCAAUUGUGUAACGGUCAAACAGUUUUGGUUAACAAAAUGUCAAAGCAUUUGUUUGCAUUUGUCUUUGCUUGUUACUUACCAACAAAUGUGACCUGUUACACUUGCGUUUGUGGAGUUAUCUUAAGGUGAAAGCUACCUAAACUUCUCUAAACUGUAGAGCCACAGGCAGUAGGUGCUAUCCUACAAGCUUUAACAGGCAUACAGUAACAACAAGUGUAUGCAAAGUAGAUCAAUACUGUAGAAGUUUGUGUGCGGCAGUAGGAUAGUGAUCUGUGCCUUUUAUUACACAUAAGUACUGUUAAAUUUAAGUAUGGGAGGAGAUAAAAUUAUGAAGCAUUGUCUUCAUGUAAUAUCAAAAGCAGCCUUCUUCCUAUAUUUUGCUCUCUUAUGGUCAGCUGAAGCCCAAAACUAUCUGUCUUCAUUAAUUGAUACCUAGUUUGUUGAAAUGUUGAGUGGUAACCGGAACUAACCAGAAUCGCAUAGGGAGAACCACUGAUCAUUUUACUCUUUAAAUGGAAAUGUUAAUACUUGCAAGUUUUGCAUCUUGCGCGUAUGUUUAUGUUUUUCAUCUAAAGAGUAUUGAAUCUUUUCACAUUAUUAGUGUCUCUUUGCGGCGCUACAUCUGGCAGAACACCAGCAAGAAGAGGCUGACAUCAAGACAUUAACACAAACAUUUGGUUUAUUUAAGAAGACUAAGAAAUCCUGGGAAGUUACCAAACAACUCAUGUGUCAAGUUCAAGCAAGAAGAGAGGAAUGUGAUCUACAGUGUUCUCUGGCGCACAGUCGUAGACUUUCAUAAAUUUGGUAGUGAGCAGAAAGCCUCCACCAGAACAUACCACACGCUUGAAGAUCUGCUACUCAUCUCGAUCGAGGGUACGUAGCCCCCAUUAUAAGACCAUGUGAAAAGUAGCGUUGAAUUUGCUCAGAUUCCAUAUGAAUAUUACUGUAUUAUUAAGGCAAUAAAGGAAUAAACUGAAAAUUA